AAACCACUAUGUCGCGCUCUAGCGUCGCCCGUAGCCUUGUUGGCCGCUCGGGGCGAUUGAACGCCCGAGGAACUCCAAACUGCGUGCGUCAGGCAUGCUUCGUCUCUGCCUGAGAACGCACCCCGCCCUGCGGCGUCGAUUCCUGAGCGCCAUGCACAAAUACACAGCGGCAACCCAUCCGGAAGACCCAUCGAGCGUACCCCGAAGUGUCAAGGCCUCAUCGACCGUUCUGCUGCCUAUGUCCUGCCCGUCUAUGCUCGGCCGCCCGUUGUAUGUCGCAUGGGAAGGGGGCGUACAUUUGGGACACGGAGGGUCGUCGGUACCUCGACUUCAGCGCUGGUAUUGCCGUAACGCGUUGGGCCAUUCAGACAUGGGUGUAGCAAACGUUAUGGCGUCGGAAGCUGGCACCUUUACACGCGAGCAAUGUUAUCACAACAAUGGGCAGGGCAGCUCGCAGAGCUCAUUGUCAAGCUCACCCAGCAGGAAGGCGGGCUUGGCUGGGAAACCGGCUCCACGCACCCACCCCAGGGCGCGACCAGUGGCGGAAGGUGUUUUCUCCAACUCCGGCACCGAAGCGAACGAGGGCGCACUGAAGGUCGCGCGGAAGUUGGGAAGGCGCGCUGGGCGCGUCCACGGCAAGUCGUGGGACGACCCUGCCUGCGACAAGCACGAAAUUGUCUGCUUCGAGCGUGGUUUUCAUGGUCGGUCUAUGGGCGCGCUUAGCGUCACGACGAACCCGAAGUACCAGAAGCCGUUUGCGCCGCUAUUGCCCGGCGUGAAGGUCGGCAGGCUGAACGUUCUCGAAGAUUUGGAAAAGCUGCUCAGCGAGAAAACAUGUGCGGUCAUUGUGGAACCAAUUCAAGGAGAGGGGGGUGUCCACGCCGCCGAUGUCGCUUGGUUGCAGGCUCUUCGAAAGAAGUGCGACGACGUUGGCGCGGUGCUCAUCUAUGACGAGAUCCAGUGCGGUCUGUACAGGACGGGUUCUCUAUGGGCUCAUUCUACGAUGCCGAUCAAUGCGCACCCGGACGUUGUGACGAUGGCAAAACCGUUGGCCAAUGGCUAUCCCAUCGGCGCUGUUCUCAUGCGGGACAAUGUGGCAGAGACGAUGACAGCUGGCUCACACGGGACGACGUUCGGCGGUUCGCCCCUCGCGUGUGCGCUGGGCUUCCAUGUCCUGUCGCGUCUCUCGGAGCGCCCCUUCGUGUCUAACAUGGUCGAGACGAGUGCAUACUUGUCGGGGCGUCUCGCUCAAUUGCCGCGGUGGUUCCCGGGUAUGGUGCAGCCGGGAAUUCGGGGACGCGGGUUGAUCGUGGGCCUGGGCUUCAAGGAUGCGAGCCAGCCGGGGAAGGUGGUGCAGAUGGCGAGAGAACGGGGCGUGUUGCUGCUGACUGCGGGAAACGAUGCCGUGAGACUUGUUCCCAGCCUGAAUAUCGGGCGGACGGAGGUGGACAUGGCGGUGGACGUGAUUGAGGGCUGUCUCCAUGUGAUGCAGAGCCAGUAGAUAAAAUGCUAUGUCUGUGUUUCAAGAAUGGAGACAGUGUCUGCGAUGCGUGCGGCCGCGAGCACUGAGCCAGCCGAUGGGUGACGGCCGCGGGGAGGCCCCGGGAAGAGACGGUGGUGCCGGUGGGACGCCAGGGGGACGCGGCCGGGA